AUGCUAAUGUACGUAUGGUUGGCAAUGUCAGCUGCAAUUUCGAUCACGCAACUUCUCGUUACCACACAACCUGAAUGGAUCGUGAACACAGACAGGAUCCAGGGUUUGUUCGCACUCUGCACCGUUUGGGGUUGCGAACUACGGGAGGUGACAGCGCUGAUGCCGUUCCUCCUGCAUGCCGUCGGUGCCUUGUUGUUCCUGCUCUCCACCAUUGCUCUCGUUCCUGUAACAUUCUGUUCUGCAACUUCCAGUCCUCUACGAGCUAUCGCUCAUCUACAAAUCACGGCUGCCAUAUUCAUGGGUCUCUGUUCAUUUGUGGUCCCAAUAAACAUGCAGGACAUUGGUUGUACAGUUUCACAACUACUCCGUUCUUCAGUGUGCAGAGUGGGCUGGGCGUAUGCAGCAUCGUCAGUAUGUAGUUUGGUGUCGAUCUGCUGUCCAGUACUCGGAAAACUAGCAUCAGACGAUAGGAAGCGAUAUGCUCUACUCCAGCAUCCAGAACACUACUUGUGA